UUUUCUAAAUUCCAACCUUUGUCUCUUCUCUCUUUCUCUCUCUCUUUAGUUCUAUUGCUAACAACAUAUGUACAUGCGAUCCCUACCAUCCCUUUCCAUGGUCUCGUCCCUACACCCUCACCGUGCCUUCUAGAACCUUCCGCUCAGAUCUUAAUUGGAUUCGUUGUUUCAUGGAAAUGGCUUCCACUCCUCGCACCGUCGAAGAGAUCUUUAAAGAUUACAACGCUCGAAGAAACGCCAUUGUUCGCGCUCUCUCUCAAGAUGUGGACGAAUUCUACAAACUCUGUGAUCCAGAUAAGGAGAACUUGUGUCUCUAUGGACAUCCAAAUGAAACAUGGGAGGUGACUUUGCCAGUAGAGGAAGUUCCACCGGAGCUUCCAGAGCCAGCACUUGGAAUCAAUUUUGCUAGGGAUGGCAUGAACCGCAGGGACUGGCUUUCUCUAGUUGCUGUGCACAGUGAUUCGUGGUUGCUUUCUGUGGCUUUUUAUAUUGGAGCUCGUCUUAAUUGCAACGAAAGGAAAUAUUUAUUUAGCAUGAUCAAUGAUCUUCCUACUGUUUUUGAAGUUGUGUCUGAGAGGAAACAAAUAAAGGACAAGCCCACUGCAGAUAGUGGAAGCAAAUCUAAGGGUAGUACCAAGAGAUCAAGUGAUGGACAAGUUAAAAGCAACCCAAAGUUUGCAGAUGAAGGUUAUGAGGAGGAGGAUGAGCAUAGUGAAACCCUUUGUGGGAGCUGUGGUGGAAAUUACAAUGCAGAUGAAUUUUGGAUUGGAUGUGAUAUAUGUGAGAAGUGGUUCCAUGGGAAGUGUGUGAAGAUUACUCCUGCAAAAGCUGAGAGCAUAAAGCAAUACAAAUGCCCAUCAUGCAACUUGAGGCGGGGCAAGCCCUAAUCUGGAGGCAAUAUGUGAAGUGAAUAAUGUUGUGUUAUGAUCAACAAGAUAUACUAUAAUAUAGUUACAUCGAUCUCUUGUAGUUCAUGUUAACAAUAUAGUAAUAUGUCUGAUCAUAAUCUUUCAGAUCAAGUUAAUUUCUUCUA